AUGAAGGCAUCCGAGUUCUUUAUGAAGCGGGCGACAGAGAUUGCACUCGGCGAAAUAUUUCCAACCAAAAAUACACUGGAGAACUGCCAGGCCUUUUAUCUUCUUAGCAUCGCGCAACAAGGGAAUGGACUCAAAGAUGAGAGCCAUACGAGCAUGGGCCUCGCUCUUCGAAUUGCGUCUGCGAUCAAGCUGCAUUUGGAACAGACUUAUGCUUAUGAGACUUCGAACCCUACGCCUGAUGCCACCAUUCUUCGCGAAUCCGCACGGAGGACCCUGUGGAUGUUACAUAGUCAGGAUCAGCUACACUCAUGCUCUUCCUCGCCCAUCUCUCUCGCUGCUUCGGAUAUCGACGCCCUACUGCCUUGUGAUGAAGAAGACUUCGCCAAUGGGCGAGAGCCUCCUUCGCGAGCUGCUCUUGAAGGUACUCCACGUGCUAUCAAGGACCCAAGCCUGGUCAACGAUCCAAAUCGGUCUCUUUUCGGUACUCUUAUUCAAGCACACGGAUUCUGGGGCGUUGUCACCCGGGAUGCAGUCAACUAUACCCCACACUCUUAUCCAUGGGAUCCAGAGAGCAAGUUUGCCAAAGUCUCGACAAAGCUUGAUCAGUGGGAAAGAAGCUUGCCUCCCAACCAUCAAUGGAGUAUGGCUAGACUUUCUGAGUACAAGGCCAAAGAACAGGAUCUGUAUUCUGACUUCAUCUCGCGAAUAUCACCAAAGGCCGUUGGUCUUUAA